GGUUGGGGUCUUACAAAGCGGAACGAUUGUUUUCAGGUUUUAUUUUCCGGGGGACCACAGAGCCGAUCAUGGCGACUCUCGGCGGCAGUCGUGGGGAUCGUCUCGGCAACACUAAUCAACAAAAGUCUUCUUUUACAUCUCCAGAGAAAGUUCGUGAACUCCUUAAUGAAGGAGUGUCAUCAACAGAUAUCGGAUCCAACAGAGGACAAGGGAAUUUGAAAGUUCUGGAAGUACAAAGCAACGCUCAAGUACCUUGUGAAGCUACCAACAAAGAAGCCUUUUUCUCAAGAGUGGAAUCUUAUUCAUGUUUGAAAUGGGCAGGAAAACCCCGCAGACUGUCCCCUCUGAUGUGCGCCAGAUAUGGCUGGAUCAACGUUGGCUGCGAUAUGCUCAAGUGCUCCAGCUGCCAGGCGUUCCUCUGUGCAUCACUACAACCAACUUUAGACUUUGAAAAAUAUGGAUCCCGCAUUGCGGAGAUAUCGAGGCAGCUUCAGACGCAGCAUGAGAAGUUUUGCCCCUGGCCUGACUUUCCAUGCCCAGAGCGUUUCUGGCUGCUUCCAGCCUGUGAACCAUCAGCACUUCUCACUGCCUUCUUAGAGCGCUUCCAGAGCACCUGUCUCCUUGCACAGCAGCUGCCUGCCAUAAAUCCGGAGCAGCUGAAGUCUAUGUCUUUGACUGAGGAUGUCAUCGGUGUCAUACUGCAGCUGAUCGAGGACGAACGAAAAAGAAGGGGAGACUCUCCAUGUUCAGAACCUUUGGCUGUCCAGGUGGCUGCAUGCAUUGUUUCUCUCAGUGGCUGGGCUGCAAGCCCUGCUCUGCAAACCAUGAACCUGCCCAUCCUCACCUGCUCGUACUGUAUGCGCAAGGUGGGCUUGUGGAACUUCCACCAGAUGGAGGGAAUGGAAGUUGAUGGAGACGCCUCACCAAACACUAUAGGCCCCUCUGCUCAAGCAACAGGUACUCCCUCAGUAGCCACGCAUGAGAGCCAUGGGGAACAGCCUGCUUCUGCCUCAUCCACCCCUGCUACACCUCCAUGUCGCAUGAAGCUAAGGAGCCAGGACUCCACCCGCUCUGACCAGGGUGAGGGAACCGCCUCCCCCGUAUCUUUGCGUGCUCGAAGCAGAGACUCCCCAAGCCCCAGUGAAGAGCUGCAAAGUCCUUUGCUCAGGGGCAAAAGGUCUGCAACUCGCGGUAGAGGACAGGGGGACAACUCUGCGCCUGAUGGCGCUGCCAGCCCGCAUCGCCCUCCUAAACGGCUGUGCUUCUCAUCAGUUGGCAGUCCUGAUGGGCUCCUGCACAAGAAUGCAUUUGACCCCCUCGCUCAGCACAGAGACUGGUGUCCCUGGAUCUCUGUGGGAAAGGAGAAUGUGGAUCCAGGAGCCACCCACUUUCUGGAUGGAGGCCCAGCGCUUCAUCAGCAGGGCUGGAAGGCGGCUCUUGACCUCCUCAUUCCCAUGAAGAAGAACUCAAAUACAGCAGGAGGCAGUCCAGGACAGGGCCCUCGUGACAAGUCUAAAAGGGUGUUUGCUAUAUUCCGUCAGUGGCAGGUAUCCUCCUCUCCGUCUCAGUAGACCGUUUUCAUCCAAACCGCAUCGCAACACUGACGUGAUGAACUGGCCUGCCCUCUUUUUUUGUGGUAUAGAGUCCAAUGACAGGAGUGUCAUAUCAUAUCAAUGUAUGCCAUCCCUUAAAGUCGUGUUUACAGUCAAAGUGUUUCUAGAGGGAAAGGAAGUCAAUUGUGUCUUUAGGCAAAUGAAUGAGUGUCUUCUCUGUGAACAGUAAAAUAUGUGAAGGAUGCCUGUUUGGCUUUAAAACCUUUUUUGAAUUCUGUUUCAUAAAAAUUGAGGUGUGCAGAAAUUGGGGCCUUGUAUCAUGUGUAUACACAAGUAGUCCUCAAGUGAUCGAACACAUCUCAGCAGACACAUUGGCCACAAACAAGGCAUUUAGUAUUCACCUCACAUGAGGUCUGCUUAAACAGUCCUUCAUGACAUCAUGAUAGUCUUGUAUUUCUUUGUAAUACAAGAGACAAGAAAUCUCUUAUCAUGAGAAAGGGCCAAAUGGCUUGACACUGGAAAGGCAAUGUUUACCUUCAAUGCAUGUUGAGUCAUUUGAGGGAGUGGUCAAUUUUUAACCUCAGAUUAGCAAAAAAUAACUGUGAGGAAGUCAUUUUUGUGUGUGUACCGUUGUGCUUGAAAAGUAAAGUGGAUAUGAGUUCUCUUUUGGAAAGAACAAUCCUUUUUUGAAAUAGUGAAAUGUUUGUUUUCAUUACGUCAAUCCUGAUUCCUGCAGACAGGUAGAACCAUGUGCCAUGAAUUACAAACCUGCUUUGAACUAGAUUCAGGAUUCCUGUACUUUUUUUGCCUUCCUGUGACAUCGUAUUGCUAAUCCAGUCCUCUGUCUUGCAUGUGCUUUUAUCUUUGUAGAGUUUCUUAAAAAGGGUUUAAUAAAAAUGCUCUUCUGAAA